AUGGACCCCUUCGUAAGACUGUCCGGCACGGUUGCGCCGAUUGACAGGGUUAACAUCGACACCGACCAGAUUAUCCCUGCAGUGUUCCUCAAACGCAUCGAGCGCUCCGGAUUCGAGGAUUGUCUGUUCUUCCCUUGGAGGUUCAACGAAGACGGAACCCCCAAGGAGGACUUUGUUCUCAACCAGCCAGCCUACCAGGACGCGAAGGUCAUCGUGGCAGGCCACAACUUCGGGUGCGGAUCAUCCCGGGAGCACGCACCUUGGGCACUGAGAGAUUAUGGAAUUCGCUGUAUCAUCGCGCCUAGCUUUGCGGACAUCUUCUACAAUAACUGUUUCAAAAACGGGCUCCUUCCGCUGCGCAUGUCUGAAGAGGACGUCCGGACCAUUAUGGAAAAGGCAACUUCCAAUCCUGGUGUAAACCUGACUGUCGACCUGGAGGGACAGCGGGUUUGGGAUGAUGAUGAAGAAAUUUCCAUCCCCUUCGAGAUUGACCAGGCACGCCGGCACAACUUGCUGAAUGGGUUGGACGACAUCGGCCUGACCAUGCAAUUCGAAGACAAGAUAUCGGCCUUCGAGGCCUCUCGCGGCUCCUAG